AUGUGGAAACGACUUCAGGGCCAUGGGCGAGAAAAGGAGAGACAUGCGCAAAUAGGCAACCCCGUACUCCUUGAAACAACCUACGACGAGGACCAACUCAGGCGAAAUCCAAAUGUGACCGACGUUCAAAAUGCCAAUUUCCAGCGCAAUGCGCCCGCUCGACCGCAGCCGCAGUAUACACUCUCUACCUUGCCCCCUCCGGACUAUAGAGCCUCGGAAGUACCUUCCGCUUCGUCGGUCUACUCUCGACCUUCACAUGAUCUGGCAUACUACAACGAUAAUCCCGAAGAAACUUCCGCUUCCGCUUACGAGGACAUUUCACCGCCCAGCUCUCCAGAACCUGACCAGUAUCUUUCAUCCUCUUCUGGCCAACCUCGUCGAUUCCGUUCGAUGCGUGACGUAUCGCCCAUGGAUGAAAAUCGCAAGAAGCUCGAAGGCAGCAACAUCCCUGUCCUGCGCAGAGCACCUCCAGCUCUCCAAACCGGCGACCUGCAGUCAGAGCCAAAGCAGAAGUUCUGGGGAGGUAAGGUUGUGCCAAACAGCAAAGUAAGAUGGGACGACUACUCGGGCGAGCCGACUUCAAGCAAUGGGGGUAAAGCCGCAUCGGUGACCCCGGGCUCUUACGCCAAUGGCACUACAUCUUCAGAUCCUCGACCGAUGGGCUAUCAAGUUUCAAUUUCAGGACCCGGGAAAAGGAAUGUGAGCCUUCCAGAACGCAUGAGUCGUUUUGGUACGAGACCAACACCAGGCCCCGUUGAGAGAGCAAGACCAAGUGAGCCCUGGAGUCGCGUCACAGGUCGAUCCGAGAUUGCACCACCACUGAAAGAUGAUUCUUCAAAGAAACCGCUGCAAUUACCACGAAAGCAGAUGUCGACAACAAUGGAGAGAUCGGGCCGGGAUGCCUCGGGUGCGCUUGCGGCUGACACCGCACCUGUCACAGACGAAACGCGCGACUUGGAUAUGCAUAACGAUCUUAUCAAGCCGGUUGUACCGCUCAAAGUGGGAAAGAACUCCCCUCCCCGCAGUGGGCUCACUUCUCCCACUUCACCGACUAACCUGGGUCUUGGAAUUCAUACGACCUCGUAUCCUAGUCCUAUAACGCCUACAAACCAGAAUCACGAUCACCUACGGGGGCCAGCUACGGCAGUCGAUAGACAAACAGCGGCGAAUCUACACCCAACCCAGCGAAGUGCCACACCACCGUACAACGCAGUAAAGAGCAAGUCCCCGGAAGAAACGCCAGAAAAAGACAGUCAAGCAACGGCAAGCCGCUUCUCGUGGACUACUUAUAACAGCGCAACAACAUAUCAACACUCGCCUCCCCCCUCGCCUCCGCCCCCACUACCCUCAACAUUGUCAACGCCGGUACCGAAGCAGCGGGUCGUAACAGAACCCAUAUCAGCCGCGCCCUCCAUCCUCAACCGCCGCCGCCCUGUCCCCGCCUCAGACCGUUUCCCUGAACCCAUCACUAGCCGUAAACCUGUACCCAGCACGACAGAAUCACCCGGUACAGCCAAAAUUCACACGAUGCAGUCUAACUCUGGUUCGCCAGAUCCACCCUCACCAAGUGCAGCAUCUACAUUCAGCACUGCAACGACAGGCACGUUCAAGGCGCUGCCCCAGCCCCCCACCACACUCAGUGCAUCCGACCACGUCUCCCUCCUCGAAUCGCAGAUCGAAGACCUCCGCAUCCGGCGCUCAAACGUGUACCGCCUCCUCAAUGACCUCAACAACGCCGCGCCGGCCAAUCCGCUCAUCACGGAUUUCAAGCGUGCGAGGUUGGUGGAGCAGAGAAAGAGGGGGUUUGAAGAUGAGCUGAGCGAGAUCAAGCGCGAGGAACAUGAUGUUGGGCUGAAGUUGCAUAGGGCGUGGAAGAAGAGGGAGAGGGAGGAUCCCAACACGGGGAGUGCGCUGUGGGUUAGGCGGGUUACUAGCUGA